AUGUCAGAAGACGAGGAGGCGCCUUUGCUCUCCUAUCGUCCUGCCAAGCCCAUUUCAUUCGAGCUCAUCCAACACUCCGACACCCAAGCUCUCGACCUCCUCCUAAACAUCCUCACCACGGCCACCGAGGCCCCAACCCCCGUUUUCGCUCCCCCACCGCAGCAUCUCGCCGUGGCCGCGACCCUCCUCGUGCACCCGUCCACCACGACGCGCGCCAAAACCGCCGAAGAAACGGAAGCGCCGAAUGCCUCGCUCCGACUCCUCCGCCUCACGAAUACCCUUGCGGGGCCGAUCUCCGCGAACUUCGAACGCGCCUUCUCCUUCACACACUUCGAGUCGUCCCGGCGAGGGAGACGACGACACGAACAUGGCUCGGAUGACGAGAUGAAGCCCCUGAACCUCGACCUGGGUCAGUCGGCGUCGGUGUGGUCUCGCGCCGAAGACUUCUGGCACGCCGUCGGGUGGGCGUUCAAUUGCUCCGUACUGCAUCCGGAGCGGUGGAAGAGAUGGUCUACCUGGUUGGAAUUCAUGUGUGAGGUCUUGGAAGAUGACUGGGAGGAACGAAAGCGUCUGCACUCCGCGUCCACAAAGCAGAAGGAAGACGGGGAGACAUCCAAGGGUGGACCCAAGAUCCUCCAGGAUAGCUUGAUCGUCCGAUACAUCGAUGAAGGGAGUUCUAGGUACGGCAAGAUUCGACGCAUCAUGCGGGCCAUCUUCGCGGACGGAAGUACCAGCUCCGUCAAUGAAUUCCGCGAGGUCUUCCACAGGGAGCUGAAGCAGCCGAAACGCGAGACCGAGAACAUCAAAAAGCGAGAGGUGGAAGUCAACAUCGACGAGGAGGAGUAUGGGGACUAUCAGACCGACGACGGCGGAUCCUCCCAGAACGAAACCGACCCGACGACCACCAGCAAACGGCCUACGCGACAGACAAAACGUCCUCGUCGCGGCACUCGAUCUAAACCAGACCCCUCUGCCAACGAGGACGCCCAGACCGCGGCUCAUUUACACGGCGGCGUGGACCAUCUCGGGGGUCUGCCAUCGCUCGCUCUCCGGCAACGACUGCUUCACCUGCUCUCCACCGUCUCGCAGCAUCUACCCGCCUCGUUCAUCAACCUCGAAGAACUGUACCACCUAUUCGUCGAGAAUAUUCGACAUCUCCCCCUUCCGACUUUCCAGGCCCUCAUCAGCCCUUCCGUGCUGCCUUACUUCACUCCCGCCGCAACAACCACCCUCUGCGAAUGUCUGCUGUUCCGGAUGCGCGAGAGCGGCGCCGCCAUCACAGACGAGGAGUAUCUCAGCCAGGCCAAAUUGGAGCAGUGCUUCCUCCCUUACGCGGCCAGCACAGCCAGUAUCGUCGACAAUGCCAAAGUGUCCGUUGCGCUUGAGUCCCUGUUGGUCCUCCUCGCCGAUAACAGCCUACUCAAAGUCACCCCGGAGCUGCAAAACGCCGUGGAAGAGGGGAUCAAUGCGCGCGCUAAGAAAACGCAGGUAGAGACUCGGCGGAGUCAGAAUAGUCGGAAACUCGAGAGUAUCGAGUGGUCCUGGUUGAUUGAAAGUGGGGAGAGGUUAAGAUUCUUGGUGUAUGAGAUUUUGCCGUUGGCGAGUGCGAGUGCGGGUUGA